AUGGGGUCUCAAAAUAAAAUUUAAAUCAUGCCUAUUUUACUUGGUGCAUUUUUGUUUUCACUUCUAAGUCUCGUGGGUGCUUCACUUACAACUGACUACUACAAACAAUUAAUAUCUCAAGAAAGUGCAAAAGCGCUCCUGUACCAACUACCUAAAAAGAACGAAGAAUUCAGAACAGGGUUCGAAUCUAACGCUAUAAACGAUUAUGGUGAAUACGACGUGGUUAUAGUAGGAGCAGGUACAGCGGGGUGUAUUCUAGCCACUAGACUAUCGGAAAUUGCGAAAAUUAGUAUCCUCUUACUAGAGGCUGGAGGUGAAGAAAACGAUUUCAAUCAAAUGACCGCGUUGUGGCCCUACAACCAGUUUAGCGAAUUCAACUGGGGCUAUUAUACCACACCACAAAAAUAUUCCUGUUUAGGAAUGAACAACUCACAAUGUAUAAUUGUUAGAGGGAAGGUAAUAGGGGGCGGAAGUUCAAUCAAUGGUGCAAUGUACGUCAGAGGCAACUGCAAGGACUACGACAACUGGGCCGCACUAGGAAAUCGUGGAUGGUCCUGCAAGGAAGUCCUUCCAUAUUUUAAAAAAUCCGAGAAUUCGCAAGUCGAAGGUGAUGAAGGUUAUCACGGAAUAGGUGGUUUUUGGAAUAUUGAACAUCCGCAACCGUUGUCUCCAUUGUAUGAACACUUCGUCAAUGCUAGUUUAGAAACGAACUUAAACUUCGUCGACUACAACGGUAGAACACAGAUUGGUGUAGGUAAAGUACAGACUGAUAUUAGACGAGGUCGAAGACAAAGUUUUGGGAUGGCAUUUCUGAACAAUGCCCGAAAACGUGGUAACCUCAAAGUUGUAACCAAAGCGCUGGUGACGAAAAUCACCAUAGAUCGACGAUCUAAACGAGCAACAGGAGUAGAAUUCGUAACAAGAAAUCAAAAAUUCCGAGUGCGAGCUAGAAAAGAAGUGAUUGUUUCGGCAGGUGCCAUCAACACACCACAACUACUCAUGUUAUCGGGAAUUGGACCCAGAAACCACUUGACAGACUUGAAAAUUCCACUAGUUGUAGAUCUACCAGUCGGUAAGAAUCUUAUAGAACACCCAGGUGUUAAUCUGAUAGUUCGUUCAAACUACACCGCCCCUAAUAUCAGUAUGGAGGAAUCAGUUGAACAAUAUUUGAACGGUUUUGGUCCUCUAACCAAAGGAGCAAACGCGGAGGGUAUAAGUUUCUUCCACACCAGGAAUAAUUCCACGGAAGGACCUGCCAUACAAAUCGUUAUGACAAGUCCCUCCAACAUUGACCCCGUUAUUUUUCAAAGAACCCAAAAUUACAACAACACGAUUGCUGAACUAUUUUCCAAGCAACUCCAGUCAGAAACCGUCAUGGCAUGGUACGUGCUGCUCCUCCACGAAAAAUCCAGAGGACAAAUUCAAUUGCAAUCAAACAGCCCCAUCGACUUUCCCAACAUUGAUUUAAACAUGCUCGAGGAACAGGAAGAUGUAGACGUUUUGACUGAAGGGAUGCAGUACUUACUUCGACUUUUACAAACUGAAGCUUUCAAAAAAGUUAAUGCUACGAUGCUUGAUGUUCCCAUGUGUGGUAAUCGUGGAAAAAAUUCGAAGCAGUACUUGGAAUGUUACAUCCGUAAUUUGGGAGCUACUGGUUAUCAUCCUUGCGGGACGGCAGCAAUGGGUCCAGAUCCUAGGAAGUUUGUUGUUGAUGAUAAGUUGAAAGUGCAUGGGGUUGGAAACUUGAGGGUUGUUGAUGCGUCUGUUUUUCCAUUGGGGAUAUCUGGGAAUACUAACGCACCCACGGCAAUGGUGGCCGAAAAGGGCGCAGACAUCAUUAAAUCGGGGCUAAAAUGAGUCUGGAGGUGUUUUUCGUAAUAAUUGGUUCUUUUAUUGCACUGU